CUACUUCCCAACUUUUGGUCCAGUUGUGAUGCAUAUUAAUAUCUAAAUUCAAAACUCUGGGUAGAGUAGAAACGAUCAUGUAAACGGCUUUCAUGUCAUGAGAAUUUAUGUAGUAAUUCAAGAUGGAAGACGGCGAAAAUAAAACGGACGUUGGGAUGGAUAAAGAGAAAAAGUCGUAUGCCGGAAUACCGGAGGCCGAAUUUGUAGACAAUGUCGACGCAUUUAUGGCAAAACCGGAGAAUGAAUCAGUAGACAAAGUACUCCAGAUGUUGGAUGAGAGCCAUGGCAAAUAUAAGUUCAUGGAAUAUAAUUUAUUUAAUAAGAGGAAGCGAUUGAAAGCACAAAUUCCAGAUCUAGAAAAGUCAUUGGAAAUGAUUAAAAAGUUACAGCAAGAAAAGGACAACAGCAAAGAUCUAGAGACUCAGUUUCUUUUAUCAGAACAAGUGUAUGCAAAAGCUAUUAUUCCCCCUACUGACAAAGUGUGCUUGUGGUUGGGAGCUAAUGUUAUGUUAGAAUAUACUUUGGAUGAUGCACAAGUUACAUUAAUAAGGAAUAUUGAAUCAGCAAAAAGAGUGUUAGGUUAUGUGGAACAUGAUUUAGACUUUGCCAGAGAUCAAUUUACAACGAUAGAAGUAAAUAUGGCACGUAUUUAUAAUUGGGAAGUGAAACGCAGGCAAGCUGCUAAACCAACAUGAAGGCUGUUUUUUUUUUUUUUUAUUAAAUUUAAUUUGCACGCAAUGAAUGCCUAAAACCCAAAGGGUUAUUCACACUAUGAAAAAAAGAGCCUGUGAAUAAAAACUACUGUCAGAAAUCAUCAAUGAAAUAAAGGACUCAAAUAACAUUUAGGUUAUAAGCUAGA